GAUCUCUCUGGCCUUAAAACCCAAAACCAAAGCUCAGGCCAGCAAGUAUACAUCAGUGCAGGACAUAAAUGGGUGGAAGGGUGAGAUGUUGUAAACUGAGAGGAGAAUAAGGGCGACGGGUGUUUAGUGUGAGAAAGAGAGAGAGUGAAUUUCAGUGAAGCCUCUCUCAAUCUCAAAGCACUCAUCACUCCUCAAACUCUCAAGAAUCCAGUCCAGUCCAGUCCAGUCCAAUCCAAUCCAAUGGCACAGGACAAUGAUAACCACACUGAAAGUCAACUCCCACAAGUCCUGGUACUUCGGCAACCGGGAUGCUGGACUAUGUUGGAGUCCAACUACUCCCACAAGUUCAACUUCCUCAAAGCUUGGGACUCCCCACUUCCCCAGGACCAGUUCCUGGCCGGACAUGCAGGCUCAGUCCAGGCCUUGCUGUCCUCCAGCAUUGGGCCUCCGAUAACUGCCAACAUCCUCGGAAUGCUGCCCUCCUUGAAGGUCAUUGUCACCACCAGUGCAGGUCUCGACCACGUUGACCUGCCGAAGUGUCGAGAGCGGGGGGUUGUCGUUGCCAGUGCCCCUGAAGUCCAUACUCACGAUGUUGCUGAUCUGGCUGUGGGGUUGUUUCUUGAUGUAAUGAGGAAAAUUUCUGCCGGGGAUCGGUAUGUUAGAGAUCGGCUUUGGGCUAGCAGAGGAGAGUUUUCUCUCGUUUCUAAGAUAGGAGGAAAGAGAAUCGGGAUUGUUGGACUGGGAAACAUUGGCUUAGAAGUUGCUAAAAGACUUGAGGCGUUUGGCUGCAGUAUCUUGUACAACUCAAGGAAGGAGAAACCAUUUGUUCCAUACCCUUUCUAUUCAAAUAUUUGCGAACUUGCAUUGAAUAGUGAUGCACUUAUCAUUUGUUGUGCAUUGACUGCUGAAACCCACCACUUGAUCAACAACAAAGUCUUGCUUGCAUUGGGAAGAGAUGGAAUAAUUGUGAAUGUAGGACGGGGAGCUAUUAUCGAUGAGAAGGAAAUGGUGCAGUGUUUGGUGAAAGGAGAAAUUGGGGGUGCUGGUUUGGAUGUGUUUGAGACCGAGCCUCAAGUUCCUAAAGAGCUCUUUCCAUUGGAUAAUGUUGUGCUCUCACCGCAUAAUGGUCCUUGCACACCAGAAUAUUUCAUGGAUUUGUGUGAACUUGUAGCUGGGAAUUUAGCAGCAUUCUUCUCAAAUAGACCGUUGCUUUCUCCAGCUUUGCAUAAUUAACCGGUUUCCAAUCUGCAGGGUACAAAAAUUUGAUGCAAUGAGUGAGGCAGUGAGAGAAGACAAGGAUGAAGAACUGAGAUGCGAUCGUUACUGAUAAUUAUAUAUUUGAGCCUUGUAUUAUAGUGUGGAAUUGCUUGUCAAUGAUGAUGAAUAUUAUUGUAAGGUUGGAUUCUUCUAAGGUCACCAUCUUUGCCUUCAUAUAAGCCUUGGGUUUAUGUCUGUUUCAAAGGAAAAUGUUUUACUUGAAGUUGUACCAGAAUUGCAAGAUAAUGAUAAAACAUUGAAAUCGUA